AUGUCUGUGAUUUACAAUCUAUUUGAAGAGCAAAUUCUCGAAGAAAUUAGCUUCAUCAAUUGGAAUUCACCACCAAUUUACGAUGAGUACAUUGAUGAAGACGAAGUCAAUAAUCGUUUUGUGAAUGAAGUUGAUGAGGAAGGUCGUGAGAAUGAUAUUCCUUCUUCUUCUUUCUCUUCUCUAACCUCUCGAUGGACAUACGAUGUUUUCCUCAGUUUCAGAGGCGAGGACACUCGCAGAAACUUUUCGGAUCAUCUAUAUGCUGCUUUGAACCGGAAAGGAAUAUUCACGUUUAGAGAUGAUGAAGAACUUGAGAGGGGAAAAGCCAUCUCCCCAACAGUCUUGAAAGGAAUCGAAGAAUCCAGGUUUGUACUUGUCAUUCUUUCAAGAAAUUACGCCAAUUCAGCUUGGUGCUUGGAUCAGCUUGCAAAGGCAGUUGAAUGCAUGAAAGUGAUGGGGCAGACAAUACUCCCAGUUUUCUAUGACGUGGAUCCAUCCGAGGUACGAAAACAAACAGGGUAUUUCGGGAUAGCCUUCUCUAAGCAUGAAGAAGCCUUUAAAGAAAAUAUAGAGAAGUUGCAAAGGUGGAGAACAGCUCUUCUUCAAGUAGCCAAUCUCUCUGGAUGGCAUUUGCAAGAUGGAUAUGAAUCCAAAAUUAUUAAAGAUAUUGUGAGAUAUAUUUUCACUAAAGUAAAUCAAACAAUCUCAAGUAUACAUACAGAUUUAAUUGGGAUGGAUUCUCGCGUAAAAGAAGUGCUUUCUUGCUUGGAUACGGGGUUGAACAAUGUAAGUGUGUUAGGGAUUUGGGGGAUGGGGGGCAUGGGUAAGACAACCAUUGCAGAAGUAGUUUUUGAUAAGAUACGUUCUCAGUUUGAAGCUUACAGCUUUCUUGCCAAUGUUAGAGAGGUAACUGAGAAACAAGGUCUAGUCCAUUUACAAAAGCAACUUCUUUCAGAUAUCCUGUUUGAGAGUAAUGUAGAUAUAAAUAAUAUCCAUAUGGGGAUGAGAAAGAUGAGACAGAGACUGCGUACUAGAAUGGUUCUUAUCAUUCUUGAUGAUGUGGAUCAAUUAGAACAAUUGGAAGCAUUGUGUGGUCAUAGUUGGUUUGGUUCAGGGAGUAGGAUCAUAAUAACAUCAAGGGAUGAGCAUUUACUACGCACAUAUGGAGUGGAUAAAAUGUAUAAGGUUAAGCCAUUAACUGAUGAUGAAGCUCUUCAGCUCUUUGGUCGGAAAGCAUUCAAGAAAUACCUGGUCGGAGAAGACUUUCUCGAGCUAUCAAACAAUGUUGUAGAAUAUGCUAAUGGCCUCCCAUUAGCUAUUGAAGUUUUGGGUUCAUUUCUCUUUGGUAGAAGCAUAGAAGUAUGGUCAAGUGCUUUGGACAGACUAAAAGAAAAUCCUGACAGAAGAAUUACUGAUGUGCUUAAAGUUAGUUUUGACGCAUUACAUGACAUAGAAAAGACAGUAUUUCUGGACAUUGCAUGUUUCUUUAAAGGGGAGGAUAAAGAUCACGUAAUAAGAAUACUGGAAAGUAAUUGCGGCUAUCGUCCAGACAUUGAUAUAGCAGUUCUCAUGGAAAAAUCUCUACUAACUCUGUUCGGAAGAAAGUUGUGGAUGCAUGAUUUGAUACAAGAAUUAGGCUGGGAGAUUGUUCGUCGAGAAUGCAGUGAAGAGCCGGGCAAACGUAGCAGGUUGUGGCUUCCCAAAGAUAUCAUCCAUGUACUUGUAAAUGAUGAGGGAACAAUUGCGGUUGAAGGUAUAUUCUUGAAUUUCCCAAAAGAAGAGGAGGUUUUCUGGAAUGUUGAUCCCUUCCCAAAGAUGCCCAAGCUAAGAUUGCUCAGAAUUAGUAAUGUGACAUUUUCUGGGUGUGUCAAAUAUCUUUCAAAUGAGUUACAGCUUUUGGAAUGGCAUGGAUGUCCUUUAAGUUCUUUUCCAUCAAACUUUCAAUCAAAUAAUCUUGUUGAACUCAUCAUGCAUUCGAGCUUUAUUAAAGAACUAUGGAGGGGAAAUCAAAGUUGGAGAAUGCUACAGUUUAUUGAUUUGAGUGGUUCCAAAUACUUGAUCAAGACCCCAAACUUCAGUGAGGCUCCAAAUAUUGAGACACUAGUGCUUCAAGAUUGUACAAGAUUGGUCGAGGUUCACCCCUCCAUUGGAGUUCUCAAAAAACUUAUUUUGUUGAAUAUGAGAAACUGCAAACGCGUUGAGAGCCUUCCACCUUCCAUUAGCUUGGAAUCUCUUGAGAUUUUUAUUCUUUCUGCCUGUUCGAGACUCAAGAAGUUUCCUGAAAUUGGAGGAUAUAUGGGAAACCUGUUGGAGCUUCAUUUAGAUGGAACUGCUAUACAGGAAUUACCUACGUCUAUUGAGUGUUUGCUUGGCCUUACUUUGUUGAACUUACAAGACUGCAAAAACCUUUUGCAUCUUCCAAGUACCAUUCAGUAUCUGACGUCUCUGAAAUCUCUGAAUCUAUCAGGUUGCUCAGAGCUUGACGAGAUGCCGGCAAAUCUGAGUUCUGUGGAAUGUCUGGAGAGGCUUGAUAUAAGUGGAACUGCAAUACGAGAAUCAUCAUUCAUUCUAGAUAUGAAGAAUCUACAGUUUCUUUCCUUGCAAGGAUGUAAGGAUCUUCCUCCAAAAUCAUGGCAUUCACUCUUUAAUUGUUGGUGGUGGGGUAAAAAGGUCCAAGGUCCGUUGAGUUUGUUGUUGCCGACUUCAUUCUCGGGUUUAACUUCCUUAACAAAGCUAAACUUGAGUGAUUGCAAUCUGACAGAGGGAGAAGUUCCGGAUGAUCUUGGCAGCUUAUUCUCCUUAGAAAUCUUAAAUUUAAGUGGUAAUAAUUUUGUUUCCUUACCAGAAGGUAUCUCUCAACUCUGCAAUCUUAAAUCUCUGAACGUGAGCCAUUGUAGUAAACUUCAAUUGCUGCCUAAGAAGCUUCCUUUAAGUGUUCGACAAGUGAAUGCGGAUGAUUGCAUUGCACUGAUUGAUUUCAAAAGUCAAUUCAAAAUAUGGACUUCCAAUGAUACGGGAAUUACUACGAUCAGUCACCUCAUUCCCUCUCAGAAUCAACAACUUUUUCCUUCCUCGAGAAACAUCAAGGAUUUAACUUCGUGGACUUCAACAACUAUAGGGGGAAUGAAAACUACAACUGUCAGUUGUCUCAAAUCAUCUGUUGAGCAUCCAGAAUGGAAAGCAGUCGAUGAGUUUUCAGUACCAGCUCAAGUGCUUCAAAAAGACCUUGAGGUCUCUCUCUCCCUCUAUCUCUAUCUCUAUCUCUCUCUUCUUUUAUAGGGCUAUUUCUAUCUGUCAGUAUGACACA